UGCAACUACCGUACCGUGCGGUACAAAAAAGGCAGGGAUGACGUUUUUCCGACCAGUGGUCACCGUCGGUUUGGUGGUGAUUUUUGUGUGUGGUUUGCAGGCGGUGGACGAUAAAGACUGGUACCAGCAUGCCACGUUCUAUCAGAUCUAUCCACGCUCGUUUCAAGAUAGCAACGGUGAUGGUAUAGGCGAUCUGAAGGGAAUCACCUCGAGGAUCGAAUACCUCGCUGAAUUGGGCAUCGAUGCGACCUGGCUCAGCCCACCGUUCGUGUCGCCGUUGGCAGACUUUGGGUAUGAUGUGGCCGAUUUCUAUAACAUCCAGCCGGAGUAUGGUACGCUGGCGGAUAUGGAGGAGCUGAUCGCGGAAGCGCACCGCCACGGCAUCAAGCUGAUGCUGGACUUUAUACCGAACCACAGCAGUGACGAGCACGAUUGGUUCGUGCAAUCUGCAACCGGGAACGCAAAGUACCGAGACUACUACAUCUGGCGGCCAGGGAAACUGAAUCCGGUGACGGGAGCACUAGAGCCACCGAACAAUUGGAUUUCGGUGUUUGGUGGGCCGGCCUGGACAUACGAUGAACGGCGUGGGGAGUUCUAUUUGCAUCAGUUUACGAAAAAACAGGCCGACCUGAACUACCGCAAUCCGGCCGUGGUGGAAGAGAUGACAAACAUGCUGACGUUUUGGUUGGAGAAGGGUGUCGAUGGGUUCCGGCUCGACGCCAUCAAUCACAUGUUCGAGGAUCCGGAGCUGCGCGAUGAGCCACCAGGCUGGGGAGCUCCCGGGUCGUACGAUGAGCUGGAUCACAUCUACACCAAAGAUAACCCGGACACGUACGGUGUGGUGUACGGAUGGCGACAGCUGUGUGAAGAUUAUGGGCGGCGUGUCAACAAAACCAUUAUCAUUAUGACGGAGGCGUACGCUUCGAUUGAGAACACGAUGCUGUACUAUGAGGAUGCGACCGGCACGCGGCAAGGUGCACACAUGCCCUUUAACUUUCAGCUGAUCUACGACUUCCGGCACGAUCAGAAUUCGAUCGGGUUGAAGCAAUCGAUCGACUUUUGGUUGAACCAUAUGCCGGCUCGCCAUACGCCAAGUUGGGUGGCGGGAUCGCACGAUCAUUCGCGGGUUGCUACACGUGUUGGACUGGUGCAUGUUGAUCAGGUGAUGACCGUCUUGCACACGCUACCGGGCACAAGCAUCACGUACUAUGGCGAAGAGAUCGGAAUGUUCGAUUACAAGGAAGCCGAAACGUAUGACAACCGUGAUCCGAACCGUACACCGAUGCAGUGGGACAGUACGAUAUCGGCCGGGUUCAGUAGCAAUCGUACCACUUGGCUACCACUGCAUCCCGACUAUCCAACGCGCAACGUGAAGAUGCAGGAGGCGGCUGAGAAGAGUACGCUGAAACAUUUCCGUAAACUGACGGCACUGCGGCGCCAUCCAACGUUGGUGCACGGAGAGUUUGUUCACCGUACCGUAGGGCGAGAUGUGUACGCGUUUAGCCGAGAGCUUCAUGGGGAGGAUACGCUUGUCACCGUGAUAAAUAUGGCCGACAGUAGCCGAACGGUCGAUCUGGGCGACUUUGUCAACCUGCCCGAACGUAUGAAGGUGGAGAUAGCGCAGCCGAACUCCAACUACAAAGAUGGGGAUGAGAUUGAUAUUCAUCAGCUGACCCUGCUGAAUUAUGAUUCGGUUGUGUUGCGUGCUGUUGUUUCUGGAGCGGCUGGACUGAAGCUGUCAAUUAUUGCUGUUGUUUUGGUGGCUAUCAAGCACCUGCUUUAA